AUGAAAAUAGUAAGAUGCCUGUGUGCUGACACAGCCUCUCGCGUGGUGGUGAUGACAGGUGCCGGCAUAUCAACCAGUGCAGGCAUUCCGGAUUUCCGUUCUCCAGUCACUGGAUUGUACGCAAGUCUUGAAAAGUUUAACCUUCCAUAUCCUGAAGCUCUUUUUGAUAUCAAGUAUUUUCAAAAUAACCCAAAACCAUUCUAUACGUUGUAUUCUGAACUCUAUCCGGAUGGUGCCAAAUAUCGACCAACUUUAACGCAUUGCUUCCUACGAUUGUUGGAACAGAAAGGAAAAUUAUUGCGAGUUUUUACGCAGAAUAUUACUAAACUAACACUAGUCGAUGCACUCGAACAGCUUGUUGGACUUACACAAGACAGUAUCGUUGAAGCCCAUGGUUCGUUCGCUAAUGCACGCUGUGUAAAGUGCAAAAGACGAGUAGAACAAAAAUGGCUCGAAAAGAAAGUAAAGAGUGGCAUUGUGGCAAGAUGCGAGAAAUGCCCCUUGCACGAUGACGUUCUAGCACCACCCAUCAAGCCAGAUAUCACAUGUACGUUCUUUUAG